AUGAUGCGUCAACUACCUACCCUCUUGGCGUGCUUCGCGGCUCUCUUCUGCCUUGCAGCCGCUCAGACCUGCCAACUGUCCGUGCCGCAGCUCACUCGCCCUGGAGGCUCGUGGACCGAGGGCGACUUCCGGUUCCAGAUCUACGACCUCCCCAUCGUCAACGAGGGUUCUCGCCCCGUCACCGCGGCCGUCGUCAGCAUCAACCUGGCCUCGAGCCAGGACCAAAUGAUCACCCAGUUCUGGAACCUCCAGCGGCAGAGCUCCACCUCGAACCUCUGGAACGUGGUCAACCCGGGAGGCAACAUCGAAGUGGGCUCCACGCUCAACUCCGGUUUUGUCGUCCGCUCGCCGAUCUCGGCCGGGCCUCAGGUGGCUCCGGUGACCACUCUGGUGUCGGUUAGCUGUGAUCCGAUCGUGUCGACCCCGAGGCCGUCGGUGCCGCCGGGCACUGGGUGCAGCGCUGUGGUCGCCAGCAUCGUGCCCAGGUCGGCCGCGGCCGGUGGCAACUGGAGCUCAGGACCCAACCAGUUCUUCCAGAUCUUUGACAUUCUCAUCACCAACAACGGCGAGCGACCGGUCAACGGCGGUGUGAUCACCUUCGGCCUGCCGGUGGCCGGUUCGAGCAUCAGCCAGUCGUGGGAGCUCAACAGACAGGGCAACAGCAACGUCUUCAACGUGGCAUUCAACUACGGCCCUCUCCAGGUGGGCGCCAGCCAGGGCGCCGGAAUAGUGGUGCAGACUUCGUCCCCUUCGCAGGCGGUACCGUCGGCCCAGCUGUCCAACAUCACCUGCGCAUAA